AUGGGUUCGUUUGUUGUAUUUUGUUUACUCCUAGUGGCUGUGUCUUGUGAACUCAGCUCACCUCCCAUAGGAAUCGGGAUGGAACAGGAUAACAAUCUCGAGUUAGGAGACAACUUGACUAACACUGAUGUUUUGAUGGCUUUUGUGGUAUUCCGACACGGAGAUAGAACCCCAGACUUAGAUGAGAUGGAAAGGUUUCCAUCAAAAGAGUAUACUAUUAGCACACUUUUUCCAUAUGGAGCGAAAGCUCUAACCAACAAGGGAAAACAGCGCGCAUACAGAAUCGGCGAAUAUAUAAGAAAACAUUACGGCAAUCUUAUCUCCAGUCUGUACCUACCUGACGAAAUAUACAUACAGACAACGGGGUAUGCACGAACCAAAAUGACUGUUCUCGCCGCUCUAGCUGCCGUGUACCCACCACCACCAGCACAAAGGUGGAACCCCAGUUUAAAUUGGCAACCUGUUCCUUAUGACACACCAUCGUACGAGAAUGACGAUUUCCUUUACUAUUAUAACUGUCCACGUUAUCUGAAAAUACGCGAGAAAGUCUACGCGUUCCCCGAAAUAAAGCAGAUGAUGAAACCGUAUGAGGGGUUGUAUGAAUUCCUGAACACGAAGACUGAUGUCAACAUCACCACACCGGAAGACGCAUUUUAUCUAGACAACCUAGUUCAGGCAUUUGAAAAUGUUGGUGUACCACCACCUGCGUGGGCAAAUGAUGUGAUGCCACAAAUCAAAGAAAUAACAUUAAUCGAAUAUAUUACGCAAUUUUACAACAGUGAAAUGAUUCGACUAUCAGCAGGUGUGCUUCUAGCGAGAAUAAUAAACGCAACAAAUAGUAAUAUCGCUGGCAAUAAAGAUUUACCGAAACUGUGGUUGUUUUCCGCCCACGAGAAUAAUGUGGCUGCCUUUAUGUCCGCCGUCAGGGUGUUUAAGCCACAUCAACCGAUGUAUGGAGCUACGAUAUCACUCGAAUUUAGAAGAAAUCGCAUAACUGGCCAGUAUGGGUUUACGGCCGUCUACGCUACAGAUGUGAACUCAGGAAAGCCUGGCGUCGUGCUACCAAUAGAAGGCUGUGGAGGGCAGCCAUUUUGUGAUUAUGAUACAUUCAUAAAUCUUACAAAAGAUUACGUUAUUUCGCUUAAUGAUUUCAAAAAACAAUGCUUUCUACCUGUUUCAUAG